AUUAAAACAUGAAAUGAAUUCAUUGUCAAUUCUUACUACUUAUUAAUAUCUUUAUCAGUAGUAUAAAUUUGAAGACAAAAUUUAUUAGACUCAUAUUGAAAAACAAAAAACAAAACAAAAAUUAUGAAUAAACAUACUGAUAAUUAUCAUUAUGGUUAUGAACAAGAAAAAGAUCAGUUAGAAACGAUUACAAAUCAAUUAAAUGUUUCAUCAAAUUAUGAAAGAUUACCUUCUCCUUUACCAGUUCAAUCAUCAUUAAAUGAUCAUUGUCAUGAACAUUCAACAGUUAGUUCAAAUAUAGAUAAAAAUGCUAGAAGAAAAUUAAUACUUGCCAGUGGUUUAUGCUUAUUUUUUAUGACAGGUGAAAUAAUCGGUGGUGCAUUAGCUCAUAGUUUGGCUAUUAUGACAGAUGCUGCUCAUUUAUUAACGGAUUUUGCCAGUUUCUUAAUCAGUUUGUUAGCUUUAUAUUUAGCAUCAAGACCAUCUACAAAACGAAUGAGUUUUGGAUGGCAUCGUGCUGAGGUUGUCGGUGCAUUGGCUUCUGUUCUAUUAAUUUGGCUUGUUACUGGUAUAUUAGUCUAUUUGGCUGUGAUACGUAUUAUACAUAAUAAUUAUGAAAUCAAUGGUAAAAUUAUGCUUAUUACAUCAGCUACUGGUGUUGGAGUCAAUAUAAUUAUGUUAUUCACAUUACAUAAUCAUGAUCAUAAUCAUAAUUCAUUAAAUGAACAUUCCCAUCAAGAUUUAAAUUCAUUUCCUGAAACUCAUGUUAAUCAUUUAACUAUCAAUAAUCAUUCACAUGAAAUUAAUCAUGAUAUUCAUAAAGAAUUCAAUCGUCCAAAUAUUACUGUACGUGCUGCAUUUAUUCAUGUAAUUGGAGAUUUAUUACAAAGUAUUGGUGUAAUGAUUGCAGCAAUGGUUAUAUAUUUUCAACCAAAAUAUAAAAUUAUUGAUCCAUUAUGUACAUUUCUCUUUUCAAUAUUGGUCCUUAUUACUACCAUUAAUAUAUUACGUGAUGCAUUAAAUGUCUUAAUGGAGGCUACACCACGUGGAUUAAAUUUUAAUGAAGUGAAAAAUUCAUUAAUGAAUAUAAAUGGUGUCAAAGAAAUACAUAAUUUACAUAUGUGGAGUUUAACGACCAAUAAAACAGCUGUUUCGGUACAUUUAGCUAUUGAAAAUGAUUCAAAUGCACAAGAAAUAUUAAAACAAGCAAAUCAUCUAUUAAAACAACGUUAUUUAGCACAUGAUGUUACAAUACAAUUAGAAUUAUAUGUUAAAGAAAUGGCUGAUUGUUAUCAAUGUAAAGAACCAUCAAAAUAAGUAGUAUAUAAAAAAAGUAACUAUAUUCACAGUGAUAAUAUUGUACUUCAUCUAUACACUUAUAUUUGAACGAAUUAGAUAUUAUAUAUUCGUUUAUUCAAAUGAAUAAUAUCUGAUAUUAUCUUCAUUGUAUUCAAUAGUUUAUUAGAUAGUUUAAUCUCUAUGAUGAAGCUGAAUAUAUAUUCAAUAUUUUUGUUUAGUAAUUUGAUCUACUUAUAAGUAGUAUAAUCAUUUUAACUCAAAAAUUGCCAUUUGAAGUAAUUGAUAGAGUAGAUCUUACAAUUGGUAGAUUUUGUCUAUAAACCUUAUGAUGAAUUCAAUGAUAAACUUAUAUGAUUUAUAAAGACUGUUAUACAUAGAACUUCCUAAAGUUCUUCUUCUUAUUAUUAUUACUAAUUGAAGUAAUCCAUUCAUGUGAUUCAAUGAAACAAGUAAACAAAUUUAACUUCUCUAUUUGUAUUCAUAUUCAUUGAAGAUUAUUGAAUCAUUUUCAUGAUUGAAUUAUAUCCAUCAAUCUAUUUAAUGAUUAUGUAAUAACUUUAAUUUUCUUUUAACAAAUCAUAAUAGACUACUUAUUUAUUUAGUUUGUUAUAUUACUUAUUACAUUAAGGUAUUAUAUCUCUAUAUAGAUAGAUAGAUAGACAGAUAGAGAUAUAAUAACUAAAGUAUAUUAUGCAUUUAUGAUGAUUAUGUUCCCUUUCACAAUAAUGAUGUAACUGUUUCCAAUCAUUUGAAAAAGGAAUCAUAUUGUUUUAAUCAGGUUAUUUAAGGUUAUUAUUUUAUAAAUGAUUUCAUAUAAACACAUUUCAUUAUAGAUUAGAAUCUUCUUUUUUUUUUAACUUUAUUAUAAAAAUUACAUGAAAAGAGAAGAUGGUAUAGUCAAUCAUUAUUACAUAAUUAUAGAUAAUUCGAUUAGAAUAAAAUGGUGAUUGAGGUCGUGCACAGACUAAAUUGUGACACUAAGGAUCAUCGUCAAACAAGCAAUUGAGUGGAAUUCGUCAAUGAACAUCAACUUCAUUGAUUAUGAAAAGGUGUUUGACAAUGUAGAUAGGAGAACAUUAUGAAAACUUCUUCGAUACUAUGGAGUUCCUAACUUACUUACUUACUUACCUACGCCUGUUACUCCCAAUGGAGCAUAGGCCGCCGACCAGUGUUCUCCAACCCACCCUGUCCUGGGUCUUCUUUUCUAGUUUCAUCCAAUUCUUGUCCAUUUUUCUCAUGUCUAUUUCCAUUUCUCGAUGUAAUGUGUUCUUUGGUCUUCCUCUUUUCCUUUGGCCUCGAGGAUUCCAUGUGAGGGCUUGUCUUGUGACGCAGUUGGGUGUUUUCCUCAAUGUGUGUCCUAUCCACUUCCAGCGCUUCUUCCUGAUUUCUUCCUCCGCUGGGAUCUGGUUUGUUCUCUCCCACAGUACGUUGUUGCUAAUAGUGUCCGGCCAACGAAUCUGAAGUAUUUUGCGUAGACAAUUGUUAAUAAACACUUGUAUUUUCUGGAUGAUGGCUUUCGUAGUUCUCCAGGUUUCUGUUCCAUACAGUAGAACUGUUUUGACAUUUGUAUUGAAAAUCCUGACCUUGAUGUUGGUUGACAGUUGCUUUGAGUUCCAGAUGUUCCUCAGUUGUAAAUAUGUUGCUCUUGCUUUGCCGAUCCGCGUCUUCACAUACGCAUCAGACCCACCAAGUUCCUAAGAAGAUUGUCAAUGUUAUCCGGAAUUCAUACAACGGACUACAGUGCAAAGUCUUACAUGGAAGACAACUGACAGAUGCAUUCUAAAUAAGGACUGAAGUCGCACAAGGCUGUCUACUUUCUGCCUUCCUCCUUUUUCUGGUGGUCGACUGGAUUAUGAAGACCUCGACAUUUAAGGGAAAACACGGCAUAUAAUGGACAGCUCAGAACCAAGUAGACAAUUUUGACUUUCUAGAUGACUUAGCCCUCAUAUCGCAUACACACGAAUGAAUACAGAUAAAGACAGCCAGUGUAACAGCAGUCCCUGCAUCAUCAGGCCUCAACAUACACAACGGGAAAACCAAAGUACUCAAAUACAACAUGGAGAACAAUCCAAUCAUAUUUGAUGACGAAACUAUGGAAGGUGUGGAAUCGUUCACAUACCUGGGAAGAAUUAUCGAUGAACGAGGAGGAUCAGAUGCAGACGUAAAGGCGAGGAUUGGCAAAGCACUGGCCGCACUCCUACAAUUGAAGAACAUAUGGAACUCAUAAUAAAUAUCUAUCAACCAAUAUCAAAGUGAGAAUCUUCAAUACGAACGUCAAGACAGUUCUACUAUACGGGGCUGAAACAUGGAGAACUACCACGGCUAUCAUCGAAAGUGUAUAAGUACUUAUAAACAAUUGUCUACUCAAGAUACUCAAUAUCCGUUGACCGUAU